CCACGCCACAUCCCUAAACCUCUCCAUCUCCAUAGUACUCUCCUGUAACAGAAUUGGAAAACCCAAUCUGGCGACGGCUGCCCGCCGCCGGCACCCGGCGGUGCUGUUCCUCCGUUCUUCCUUGCACACGACGGCUGCCCGCCGCCGGCGCCCGGCAGUGCUGUUCCUCCGUUCUUCCUUGCACACAGUAAACAAUUAUGGCGAGGGGGCCAAGACGUCUACGGAAGUUGAACCUAGAUGCACAGAGCGCAGGACAUGUGCAAGCUGAAGAAGAAAAUUUGCUGUACAACUUUGAAGCUCUAGAUGAAGCAGAUGCACAAUUCAAUGACGAUAAUUUGCAUCUCGAAGCUCAAGAUGCAGGGAAUGUACAACCCACAGAAGAUAGUGAGCAAGACCUUUCAGAGAAUGAUGACAUAAUCACGGAGUUGCCUCUUGCAGCCAAAAGACCAAUUAAUAUAAUCUGGCCAAAUGGGGAGGUACGACGGGUUCUAGGAAAUUUUAAUGUAAAAAACUUGGACCAACUGAAGCAAGGAAAGGUAAUUGUAGAGACGGAUGAACAUGGUAUUCCAAAUGAUAGAUCAGGUUCUGUUCUAGGCUCGUAUCUUGGUAAGCUUGCACAGAAUUCAACAUUUGCACCAUUGGACAUUCCAAAAUGGGACCAUGACUUAUUUGUGGGACCAAAGGAGAGCAUAGUCGCUGACGUGGAGAUGAAAUUUGUGUACCCUUCUGAGACGAAGCAGCUUACAAGAGACUGGAUUCUAAUGAAAGCUGAUAAAGGGUGGAGAUCUUACAAAAGCCGUUUAAAGGGAAGAUACUUUAAUCCUGAUGUGAGGACUCUAAACGAUAUAUUAAAAUAUGUCCCAAAAGGUGUCAAUGGAUAUCAAUGGCGUGGUCUUGUUAAAAUAUGGUGUCAGGAUAAACACAAGAAAUUAUGUGAGAAAAACUCUGAAAGCGCAAAACAGCAGAGGAAUCCACAUACAACUGGUAGAAAAAGCCAUGCUAGGCUUUGUAAAGAGAUGGAAGCAAAAGUUAAAGGGAAGGUCCAUGACAUUGACGUAUGGGAUGAAGCACAUAAGAAAAAGGAUGAGCGCAUUAAGGCAGUAGUGGAAUCGGCUUACCAUGAAUUAGCUAAAAAGAAAUCUACUAGUUGCAGUGGUCUUUCAUCCAAAGAUUAUGAUGAAGUUUUUCGACGUGUAGUUGGAAAAGAGACAAAACUUCGAGGGUACUACGAUCAUAAGAAUUGGAGCCAAAUAAGGGUUUCUCAAGGACUAGAUGUUGUUGGACAAUCUGAGGAAUAUGCAAUGCUUAAGUUACAAAUGAAUGCAAUGGAAAAUAAAAUAGAGGCUAUGAGUGUUGAUAUGACUCUGAUGCGUGCCUUCAUAGAACAAAAAUUCCCUGGAGAGGAUUGGAGAAAUAUUGUGGUUGCAGAACAAAAUAAAGAAGUUGAUAUUUCUGAACAAGUUGGUAAUGAUAUCCAACAUGAAUCCAAUGUUGAAGAAUCAUGUGAACAUGUACAUUCUACACCAGAUAAUGUGCAGUUGCAGCAGAAGCAUUUAAUCAGUUAUAUUCCUGCUAAAAAUGGUUGCCACAAACCAUCUGUACCACAUGAACACAUGAUUGCCAAGCAAUCAAGCAUUGGAAGCUUUGCUAGAAGGUCUGAAGCUAGUCAGAGAUACAUGGAAUCAACUAUGGCACAUGACCAUGGAACUGAUAAGCAAGUACAUUCUAUUAGUUCUGCUAAUGGCAAUGGUCGUCGUUUCAAUCCAUCUAUACCAUAUGAAUGCACAAAUGCUAAGCAACUAAGUGGGGAAAGCUUAGGCAAAAGGUCCAUAACAAGUCAAAUGAAUGUGGAAUCAAUGGUGCCACGUGAGAAUGUGACCAAUGAGGCUUAUGUUUCUGAACAAGAUGGUACUGAUAUUAUGAAUGGGUUUGUUCACAACCGUGAGGAACCACAUGCCAAUGAGAAUGCUAUACCAAAUAAUGUGCAGCAAUUAUGUUCUGUUAGUUCAACUAGAGCUAAAGAGAAUUGUUCUACUAAAGCUUUGCCAUCUGACCACAUAACUGCAAAGCAAUCAAUCAUUAAAAGCUCUGUCAAAAGGACUAGAACUAACUGUGUGGAUUCAAUUUUACCACCUGAUAAAGCCAAACAGGGGCCUCAGAGAAAGGGAGUAUUAGAGAAUACUUCAUCUAAAUCAGAUCAAAGGGUGGUGUUCUUGUUUUCAUUGAAUCCAGUAUACAAAGGCAAAGUAGUGGCCAAGGGAAAUUUAGUGACUACAGAUAGCACAUAUGUGGUUGGAGGAAAUAUGCUUGGAAAUGAAUAUUAUGGUGUGGCUGUUCAUAGUGUUACAAAUAUUGGUGAUGAGAGACUGCCAAGACCAUCUGAAAACUGUACUACAUUAAGAGAGGCAAUUGGUUUUGUCAUUCCUUGGCCUCGUCCCUAUGUAAGAAAGCGUAGGGAUACAAGUUCUGCCCAGUAGCAAGGCCCUUUCAUACGAGUGCUCUGCUCAUAACCAGAAUUUUGCUGUUAUUAUUGGUCUGACUAUAGGAUAAUGAAUGGAGGACUGAAGAAAAGAAAGAGUGGAAGCCCUGAUAUUCAACUUUCCUUUUGAAGAAAUAUUAUAGAUUUCCUUCUAGCAGUUUAGAAAAACACGCACAACAAGCUGUAGGAUGUUAUAUAUGUGUGUGUCUAUUGCACUUUAGUUUUCCAGUUAGUCGUAUAUGUCUAUUUAAAAUUACAUGGAUGUUUUAUUUAGUUGUAAACUCCUUGCUCUCAUACAAGCAUGUACAGCCUUUCCCCUUUUAAUAUAUUAUAUGUUCUUGUAUAUGGUCGGGAAUAUGGUACUGCCUGCCCAUGUAAUUUUUUA